CACUAAGCCAAAUAAUUUAUAUUGAGAAAAGAUGCUACUGAUCGUGUCAAAAAAUCGGUACACACGCACGCACGCAGAAAGGCAUACACCGGCAAAGACCAGACAUGGUUCAAAAAAAAUUCAAAGUGAUCAUUGUCGGGGGAAGCGUGGCUGGUCUCACACUGGCAAACCUGUUGCAGAAUCUGGGUAUCGACUUUAUCGUUUUGGAGGCCUACAACGACGUUGCACCACAACUUGGAGCUAGUAUUGGCCUAUAUCCCCAUGGUUUGCGCAUAUUGGACCAGAUCGGCUGCUAUGAGGAUAUUUCACGGCUGGCGUCACCAUUUAGUAAUAUCACGGCGAGAAAUGAGGACGGCGACACGCUGUUUUCAUUUGAUAUAGGUAAACUGAUCACAGAAAGACACGGCUACGGUGUGCUCUUCCUCAGUCGUCAGCAACUGUUGCGAGUCCUAUUCAAACACAUUCAGAAUAAGUCGGUCGUGCAUACCAACCAACGCGUGGCGAAGAUUGAACACACAAGUAGAGGGGUAAAGGUGUACGCCCAGUCUGGGUCUGUCUUCGAAGGCGACAUUGUUGUCGGUGCGGAUGGUGUCCACAGCAAAGUUCGCUCCGAGAUGUGGCGACUGGGUAAUGAAGCGUCGCCGGGACGCUUUCCGGAGAAAAUUUGGCGCGAAAUGCGUACCGAGUAUAAGUGCGUAUUCGGUAUUUCCAAGUCACCAGGAGAUGUUGGUGCAACCAAUGUCUCCUUUACACACAAGAAGAAUCGCACCAUCGCAGUAAUGGCCGGGCAUGAGAACCGAUUGUUCUGGUUCCUUUUCGUCCGACUUGACAAGCCGCACUAUGGUACGGACAUUCCGCGGUUCGAAAAAGCCGCUGCGUUAGAGUAUAUUAGAGAAGAGGCUAGAGAUAUGAUCACCCCCAAUCUUUCCUUGGGCGAGGUUUUUGAGAAUUCUGAGACUUGGGAUGCCACGAUGGUGCCACACCAUGCCUUCGAAGAUUGGAGCUGGGGGCGAAUGUUUUUGUUGGGUGAUUCUGCGCAGAAAUUUCAUAUUCUGACCGGUCAAGGCGGCGAGUCGGCCAUAGAAUCUGCUGCUGUGUUUGCCGACAACAUCGCGAUUAUGCUGCGCGAAUCAAAGGGCAACCCUAACACUGACCAGAUUAGCCGUGCCUUUGCUAACACGCAUGCGGUUCGAUUUGGACGUGUAAAGAGUCUGAUCGGUGCGACCAUAGCAAUUCAGCGACUCUUCGCUUGGGAAACGCCCGUUUACAAGCUGAUAGACAAGUACAUCAUCCGACACGUCGAUCCUCAUCCGGUUGUCAACGUGUUGAGCAAGCAGAUGGUAGCUGCCCAUCGGUCGCAUCUUUUGCCAGCACCCGAGCGUCCACAUGAGAUUCCUUACGAUGAUGAGCUCGCAAUUUCAUCCCACAAGCGAACCAUUUCCAAAGCCGUCGCCAUCAUCGGCUACCUUGGGCUAGUAUUCUU